UAAAAAGGGAAAAGUGGUUAACUUUAACACACCGACUCAAACUGAUAUUCUUCUCCUGAGUUUUUUCCUCUCUCUCUUUCAACCAAAAGGAACCAGAGUUUUAACCAGAAAAAAUAGAUAAGCAUAAAUAGUCCGACUCGACAAUUCGAUGAUCAGUUUUUGUUUGUUUCUUUCUUUUUCUGGUUCAACAAUUCACUCUUUGGAAAUUCACUUCAUAAUUUCUAAUCUUUUAAGACAAUUACUUGUUCUCCAAAAUCGAAAUUUGAUAUUUAUUUGAUUGUUUAUAUUUUCUACAUGAAAACGAUUCGAGUUAUUAACAUCAAUCCAAAUUGAUUCCCUUUAAUUGUUGGAAUUUACCCGUAACCAUGGAAACCCGGACGCGGUUUUUUCCUUCUCCUUCUCGUAUUUUAAACGUUCUGGUUGUUUGGUUUCCUUUGGUUUGGAUUUCUUUUCCGUGGUAAAUCUUAAUUCAUCUCGGUGUUAAUUCAUUUAACUGGUAAUUGGAUUUUGCUUUUCAAUUGGUAACCAAAAAAAUGUCGGUUGAUUUAAGUGACGUGUUUGAACAGAAACUUCAUUCUGUUAAAUACAAUGAUAGAAACUCAUCAUCAUCUGUUAAUUCAUCGAAUGAUCCUCUUGGCUCAUUAUUGGCUUCUCUUUCAUCUAAAAACUCAUCGUCCAAAAAUAGUAAACAAUUUAAGGAACUAAGUUCUCGGGCUAAGAGUUUAGUUGAAACUAUUGCUGCCAUGAAAAGAUUUCUCAUCAAAAGAAGACGGGAUUAUAUCGACAUGUUUAGUUCUCUAUCUAAUCGGGCAUCAACCAUGAGUGACAUGGAAAGAGAUCAAAUCGAUCAGGAUAUGGUUGAAUCGAUGAAAGUCUGUCAAUCUAAGAUUGAAUCACUCAAAGCUGAAAUGCAAAAGAAAGGGACCAAGUUAAGUGUACAAAGACGUGACAUCAUGACUGCAAUAAUCGAAUCCAUUGAAACUUAUCUAAAAGUCGUUUGUGAUCUAUUUUCUGACCUUCGAGCCUUCAGAAUCAGACGAAUCACCGAUAAACAAAAACUCGCUCGAUUAGAUCGUGAUUUGUUCAACAAAGAACCUUGUCCAGAUGAGUUUAUCUAUUCUCGUGACGCCGAUGAUGAUGACGAAGAUAAUUUCAACGAUUUAAUCAAAAACGAUCCUCUCGCACCCUUGAAACGAAAUUUAACUUCCAAUUUUGAUAAUGAUUAUAAUGAUUUAUCUCCUCAACAAUUAAGUGAUUUCUCCAAAGAGGAGCUACAAUUAUUUGAGAACGAAAAUUCCCAACUUUUUGCCGACAUUAAUUUACUAGAAUCCGAAACCAAAUCAAUUGAAGGAAAUGUUUUCGAAAUUGCUCAAUUACAUAAAACUUUUCAACAAAAUUUCCUCCAACAAGAUGAAGAGAUUCAAAGAGUCCAUGGUACAGCGGUGGAAACCUCGUCUAACAUCAGAGUGGGAAACGAAGAGCUUAGAUCAGCCAUUAAGAAUAAAGGACAGCUUCGAAUUUGGAUUCUAUUCUUUAACAUCGUUCUCUCUUUUACUCUUUUCUUCCUUGAUUGGUACAAUCCUUGAGAGAGAGAGAGAAUGGAAUCAGUCCUUGAUAUCUAUUAACACACUUGGAAAUUUAUCUCUCGGCUAAUUGUGAUAAUCUAAUCUAAUUCUUGGUUAUAUAAUAACCGAUUGAAUCUCAAUUGUAGAUUUAAACAAACACACACCAAGAAGCAAAUUCAGUCAAAAUCGGAGAGAAUUUAUUUUAUUUGGAAGUUUAUUUUCUAAACCCUAAUCAAACAUCAUCACAACCCUUUCGCUGAUGUAUUAAUAACAAUUAAUUGAUCAACUUUUAUUCACAAUUGUUAAUUUUCUAGACUUUCCUACAAACAAACCUGAUUCAAUUGAUUGGCUCCAACUUUUGAUUUAAUGAUUGAACCUGUCAAACUUGUUUAAAAACCAAAAUGAUUUUGAUUUCAAUUCCAAUCAAUUAUCUGGACUACUUCAAAAUCUGUGAUAAAAUCAAUCAGAUGGCCAAUCAAGAAAUCAAUUCUUAUGUUAUUUGAUUAAUUUAUAAAGUUGCAAGUUAAUUACAAUCAACACUCUCGUGGUCGGUGAUCAUUCAAUGAUCUUUGGCAAUUAAAAUCAUUGAUUAACAAAUGAGUUUAUUUAACUUAAUUAAACCGGUUAUCUUCAAGUAUAAUCAAUAAUCAACAA